UAGAGCAUAGAUAAUUGCAGAUGAGAAGUAUCUACUACAUGUGCCAUAUGUGUUACAAGAAACCGGUCUUGUUUCGAUGAACGUGAAAUUUAUUGUUGAACUCAUAGUAUUGGUUUUGAUUGAAUAAUAGAAUACACAUGAACAACUAAGUGACGUUUGACUAUUUACAUUAUAGACAUCUACAGUGUGUUUGCAGUGUCAAUCCAGAAAAAUAUCAAGCAUUAUAAAUGUACCACUGUGUAAAUUGUGGUGCUAAAAUUGAAGAACUUUAUAGGACUUACUGCCCGAAUGUAUUGAAACUAUUGGAAUGCGAUAGGUGUCGUCACUUGGCUGACAAAUAUAUCGAGUAUGAUCCUGCGAUAAUUCUAGUCGAUCUAAUACUACUAGAUAAACGGGCGUACAGACACCUCCUCUACAACUGUGAUUUGAAGUAUUGUUGGAAACUGGUCAUAAUUAUUUGGCUCAUCGAAUCAUUCCGGAAUCUUUCUUUAUGCAACUACAGCGAGUCGAACACUAAAGUUUUGAAAGCAUUUCAGCCUGCUUUCGACGAACAUUGCAACUUUUAUUUAGUGUUACUUCGGACUGCUAUCUCGUUUGCUGCUUUUUUUAUUGUCGUUGUUUUUCUUACGAGAAUUAAGAAGUUUUUCUACCAAACGAGAACUGAUAAGGACAACAUGACGCACUUGUGGAAAGCUUUAGUAAUAGGUGGAUCUUGCAAAUUAUUAGGAUUGUUGGAAAUCACGUGGGGUCACAUAUUUUUGGCACCUCAUUAUCUUCUUAUUCUGGGAUAUACCUUGCUGUGCUUGCUUACUGCUUACUCAGAUCUUCCUUAAUUCUACGCUGGUGAGUCCUCACCAAAAGCACCUGGCUUAGGCAGAUUCCCGACACUACCCUCUCGUGCCUCAACCGUACCGUUCUCCCUGACGACAUACCCUAAAAGCACCUAGGAUAACCACGCUGGUAAGUCCCUACCACAAGGACCUGGCCUUGGGAGGUUCCCGGUACGAUCCUUCCGCUCAGCCCGAUGUAGUGACGCUUCCGACCUCUUACCUUAGAGGUACCUCCGGUAUAACCCGGUCAGCUCGCCACUGCCAGAAGCAAAUGGGUAGAAGAACGCCAGUACGUGUCAAUCCUGGAUCAAAGGCGGCAGCCUUGAAUCGGCCACGCGGACUGUGUUGGCAACACCGCUCACUCGCUUACGUCUAUCAACUCCAGUGAUAGACUGGAGGAGCGAUGAAGGCACUGCUCACCUCCACCCGGGUAACUCGCUCGUGCCUCGAGAUUUGGAGCCUCUACAGAACUAGAAGAAGAAGACAGGGAUCCAGAUUUCGAUCACGGAAAUAGGGGAGGGUAACCCAUACGGCCGGGCGGAUCUCGCGGACUGAAUCACGACGCGAAGAUAGGCUCUAAAUUAGAUUUUUAAUUGAGGCAGAUGUGCUAUAUAUAAAAUCGCACAGCCAUGCGUCUGCAUCCGAGGGUCCGCUCUCUUUACAAAGUUAGCGGAGGAUGGUCGUUCGCGGCGCGCAGUUGUCGUAAUUCUGGCUCCAUGGUAACGGUACAGUAGAUUCGUACCAAUUUCGUAGUCAAUAUGAAAGUCACUACGAAACACGGGUGCCCAGCGCUGUUACAAUUUGACUGUCGUGUGAGUCCGCCUACGAUAUACGGUGUGCACGAGAGCACGGCGGCGGUCAACGGAAAGUCGGCCCUGAAACGCCGCGGAUUUUUGCAAAAUGGCGAAAGUCGGAACAAAACAACGAUUGACAUCAUCGACGUACGUUGACCCGACCGUCACACGCUCGCCUCGGCUGACAAGUUAACGCGGCAUUUUUUAUGCCAAGUCAACGGCCGGCCUUCGACACCUGACGAUGCUUCCCUUCGAACAUAGGCCAGGUGUCUGUACAGGGUGUCCCAAAAAUGUCUCGCAAUACGGAAAUAUGGGAUAGCUGAGGUCAUU